ACAAACAUGGACGUCGGAAACCGACAGAGACACGUUUUAAAGUGGUGACAAAGCGAAAUAAGAACGAAAGUAGAACUGGAUUACAGACUUUUAAGUUGAUAUGACAGAAAAUGUAGACAUUGGUUCAGCAAACCGAAUAGCUGAGUCUGAAUUAGAUACAAACUCGCCAGAGAUGGGGAAAGGGUUUCGGACGAUCGAGUGGGUGACUCGACUUAUUUUUGCUGUUGUUAUGCGCUUUUGGAAGCUUUGUACUUCUGCAGCACUCAUUCUUUUGUUGGCGUUCUGGACUACAGGGGGCGUUGUUACAUUCCUCCUCCUCAUAUUCGCUCUCAUAGGAUUGUUUUACAAUGCUCAGGACAUGCUGUUAUACUACCCAGACCAGCCCCCACAGUCUCGCCUGUUUGUCCAGCUCCCCAACACCAUCAAUCUACCAUACGAAAAUCACUUCAUCCGUACAUCGGACAAUGUUCGAAUCAACGUUGUUUUAAUCAAACACACGCAUGCCAAUGCUCCGACUGUGAUAUAUUUUCAUGGCAAUGCAGGAAAUAUAGGCCACAGGCUUGUAAACAGCCAUGGAUUCUUUACCUCGUGUGGUGUGAAUGUACUACUGGUGGAAUACAGAGGCUAUGGUAAAAGUGAAGGUUCUCCUUCAGAAACAGGUCUGUACAGAGAUGCUGAGGCAGCCAUCAACUUCCUAUUGGGCAGGAAUGAUAUAAACAGCGAGAAGAUUGUGGUGUUUGGACGCUCACUAGGUGGCGCUGUAGCAGUGUGGCUGGCAGCUCAACCUUUCUAUGCACAACAUAUAGCAGCCUUAGUAGUAGAAAAUACUUUUACUAGCCUACCCGAGAUUGGAAGGACUAUAUUUAAUUUCAAGUUGAUGGAAUUAUUGCCUCAGAUAUUAUUUAAACAUAAAUAUCCAUCAGCUGAACGAAUUAAAAAAAUAAAGCUUCCUACGUUAUUUCUGUCGGGACAAGCUGACGAUCUCAUUCCGCCCAAAAUGAUGACAAAACUCCAUCAGGUGUCUGGGAGUGGAAUGAAGCGAAUACACAGGUUUGACCAAGGUACCCAUAAUGAAACUUGGAUGUGCUCUGGUUACUAUGAAGCUUUUCUACAGUUUCUCAAAGAUGUUAUACUGGCGAAGUCUGUUAGUCAGGCUCAGGAACAAAGUCGACCAAUAGUUAACAAUUUUUCCUCCAAUCCAAAUUUGACUCAAGUGUGAUAAAUACUUGUAGAGUAGUGAUCGGGUGACACCUGUUUACGUCAUCUUACUGAAAUGUUGCGAGAGUGAAGUGUUCUGUUUAUAUAUAUAGCUGUUAAAACAAACGUUGACUUUGUUUUCAUUUCAUGUACAAGAUUAAUGAACGUUUAUGUGGAAGCUCUUCAGAGUAUCACUAAAAUGAAAACUUUCAUAGUCUUUAAAAAUUUAGGCAUUAUAAAUUAUAGAUGGUUUGAUAAUGCACUUAUAAAGGCAUUGCUCAGAAAUAGAGGAAAAGGGGACCAUGAAGUCGUUCAGAUGUAAAGGAGCUAAAAAGGGAGAGGCAAGGCAUCAUAUAUGGUUUUAGUGUAUUUUUACGGGGUAAGGAGUUUAUUUGGUCUUGAGACAAAUGUAAUGAAACCUGAAACAGUUCAUGUUGAAUUUGUUUCAAAACCAAAUCAAUUCAUGAUCAUCACCACAUACACUAAAGCAAUAUUCAAUCUUUAUAUUUCAAUUAACAUAUCUUAUCUAUUUACUGGGGCUUGUGGUAGUCUAUGUUUGAACAUAGAAAAAGGGUCUGGCAUUAAAUUUUGGUUGUCUUGGACCAUGUUGAAAACAAAUCAUUCUAAAUACCCAAAAAUAUUUUUUCUUAUUUUCUUAAUUCUUCAUUAAAUAAAUA